AUGAAGAAAGAUCCAUUUUCCUCGCCCGCAAGCAACCCGUCGCUGCUUCGACGUCUCAGCCAAUUUGUCCAGCCAGGCCAGCCGUCUGCGUUCCAGUCUAGAUCAAGGGGCCCAUCUGAGACGCCUCUUACUCCACUCGCAACCUUACCAAGAGACGAUGUCUUGGUCAAGUCGAUAUGGCUCGACUGCGAUCCUGGACACGACGAUGCUAUGGCACUGCUGAUGGCACUUCAUCAUCCCAACUUGGAGCUGCUUGGAGUCUCCACUGUAGCUGGCAAUGCGGGUGGUCGCGACACGUUCCUCAAUGCGGUCCGUCUCAUGGCGCUGUAUCGAGCCGACCCAUCCAUCCCGGUCAUUCGUGGUUCCGACUGUCCCUUGGUCAAGGAAGUCAAGGUCGACGUUGGCAUUCAUGGACAAGGCGGUCUCGGCGGUGUUCAGGGCCUGCCUUCGCUAUCCUCGCCUCUUUGCCAGCCUUGGCUUCAUCCCGCUCAUCCAAAAACAAGCUCGCCAACAACUGGACCGGAGCCUUCACUCUUUCUAUACACGCUCUCCACCAUCCUCACCGAGCGUCUAAAUGCAGGCAAGCCUCCAAUUCAUCUCGCUGUCACGGGUCCAAUGACCAACGUCGCGCUCUUCAUUCGAUGCUACCCGCAUCUCAUUCGAGGUAUCGAGCAGAUCGUGCUCAUGGGCGGAGCUGCUGGUGUUCGCGGAAACCGAGGGCCUCUCGCCGAGUUCAACAUCCUCAACGACCCCGAAGCGGCUUCCAUCGUCUUCAACACCGACAUCAAGGUCGUCAUGGCAGGUCUCAAUGUCACCCAUCAAGCUAUCUUCACUGCUGAGCUCCACGACAGAUUGCUCUCCGGCAGAGUGCGAUCGCCAGCAUCUCGCAGACAAUCCAGAGCCAUGCUCAGCCCCACUUCGCCCAUACAGUCACCAGCAGCUUCGCCUGUCGCUACCACAUCAGACCUGUCAGUGUCAAGUCAGUCCGGACCUAGCAAUCUGAAGCGAAUAUUGAGCUCAACGCUCACUUUCUUUGCGAAGACGUAUGCAUCUGAAUUCGGCUUCACUAAAGGUCCACCUGUCCACGACAUGCUUGCUAUCGCCUACAUCAUCGACCCGACUCUGUUUUACCGCAGAGUGCCUUCGCCUGGUGACAUACCCAAUCUGGCCAUGUUUGAUCCUGAUCCGCACAGCAACAAGGAAACCAAGACAGCUUCUACAUCGGCUCGAUCUCAGGCUGGUGUCGAAAAAUCGCCAGGGUUACAGGAUGGCAACUCAUCGGAACUCGAGCCAUCUAGCGUCGGUGGGAGCAGUGGAGAGAUAAGUGGUGUAUCAGACGCCGCACCGAGCGCGACUGACGGCGCAGCUGCUUUGCAGGGCAUACCACCAAAACGAUACCGCGUCGAUGUGGAAUGCAGUGAUGGUCUUGCAUGUGGUGCUACAGUUGUUGACUUUUGGGGUGACCGUGUUGAACACGAUGGCUGGGGAAGAGGAGGAAAGAAUGUAGAGGUACUAGAGAACCUAGACUGUCCAAGAAUGUGGGACAUCUUCUUCCAAGUGGUUGCACGGGCAGAAGCACACAUUGCGAAUAGCGCCCCUGUUCGAGAAGCUCCAGCAGCGAGUCACGAUGGUGUUGAUGGUCACUCUGGUCCAAGCUCGCCAGCGCGGUCCCCAAACAAGGCAUUUGGCAACCUACGUUUGGAUACCGAACCAACUUCGACCACCGCUGCUCAGACCUGA